AUGCUUACUCUCAAACUCUUUGUUUACACAGUAGUGAUAUUCUUUGUUUCUCUCUUCAUCUUUGGAUUUUUAUCUAAUGAUCCAGGACGAAAUCCUGGACGUGAAGAAUAA